AGUUCUAUUCUUUGAGUACGGAAGGAGGAGUCUUAAAUUCACUUUGAAAUUGCUUUUACGAGUAACACGAGGAUACCCUCCAGCAUCCAAUCCCACCCUUAUUUAAACUACAUUUCUCCAGUCGAGAUAUGAUCUGCAAAACAAGAUCUGCCCUUGGCCUCUCUGAGGACUUCCAUCAAGCCCCUGGCAGGCACAUUUGGGGUACUCAGUAGUGGAGCAAAGAUGGGUCAUGGUCUAUCGGUUCGGAUAGGGUGGAAGGCAGCAGUAUUGUUCGCGUUGUUUGCAUGCCUCAAAAGCUCUGGUUUCACAGUGCUUUCCAUACCAUUUUUAUAUGCCUCUUUGGUUUUAGCUUUGGUUUCACUUGCUGCUCAUCCAUUGAUAGACCUUCCCAUGCUGUUGGGGAAGAACCCAGAUGGGAGUUUCCCCACUUGGUCGGUUAUAAUGUUCAGCCCCUAUUUGUAUUUCGUCCGCGUCUCCUCGGCAUUUCAGAGGUUGCAUAGUAGGGAGGCUCUUUACACUGAAAUCUCCGAGGGUUUGUUCGUUGGCGGGUGGCCUUCUUCGCCGGAUAAACUGCCACCAGGUGACCCUGCCAUUGUUGAUUGCACUUGUGAAUUGCCAAGGAAGUGUGAGGUUACAGGGCAUUCUUAUUUGUGUGUGCCAACAUGGGACACGAGGGCUCCUCCGCCGGCUGCCAUUGAAUCUGCUGUCAAGUGGGCUUGCCGAAAAAGGGCUCAGAAUAAGCCUGUUUUCGUCCACUGCGCCCACGGUCAUGGGAGAAGUGUAGCUGUCAUGUGUGCACUGCUAGUUGCUCUUGGGGUGACAGAGGACUGGAAAAAUGCUGAGAAACUAAUUCGAGAGAAACGUCCUCACAUUAGGAUGAAUGCUCUACACCGCAGGGCUCUGGAAGAGUGGUCAAAACAUCGGUUAUCUCCUUCUAAGAAGAACUGAUAAACCAAAGUAAUAGAUAGCCAUGGUUUCUUGUGGUGCCAGUCGAACUGUUGACCCGGUGAACCUCAUGUGGAACACGAAGCCACCAGGCUACAAAGAGACCGGCGACAUCCAUGUUUUCUGAUGCUACUUUUAAGUCGGGAACGUCAAUAUUUCUUGAAUGACUUAAUGUGUGUAAUUAUGCUUGAACAUUAUCUUAAUUUGUAAGAAGAUUUAUAAUUUUCGACAUAUUAAAUUAAUGCAAUGAUUGUAAGAUACAUGCUCGACCCCCUGAGUUUUCAAGUGAAUUUUCCAAUGGCCCUACCGGCUGUUCUUCCUCUC